CAGCCAGGCGCUCAGCGCUCUACUACUACAGAUAUUAUCGAGUGGGUAUUCUGUCAAAUACAAUAGUUUUGAUGGAUUUGCUGUGAUUGCUGCUGCGCUCUGGCAGCUGUCUGGGAAAAGGUCGAAGGCUCUAUUUUUACCCGUUUUUGGGAAUUGCUGCCCCUGCACUCGUUCUGCUGUGUCACACCAAAACAACCCCGUCUCUCCUCGCAAAUUUCCCCUCUCUCGCUGCUUAUCUCUUGCAUCUAUCUUGUUCUCUGGAUCUUCACACGGUAGCGUCCGCUCUUUUCCAUUGAGCCGUUGUCAGAAGCUCCCAGAGCACCUGGCUGCUACAUGUCUCUCGUUGCCUGAACCCCGUCUCUCAGUAUCAACACGCGGCCCCCUUUUAGCCCAGUUCAGGUUAUAAGAACGAGCAGGCCCCUCGUGCCAUUGACCAUGUCGCAUGGCUCUCUCCUUGAGGGAGAGCAGCGUAAGCGCCUCCCUACUCUGUUCGAGGUUCUCAGCCGUCGCACUCUGGCCCCCGUCGAUCUCUUCUCUUUCUACAUUUACAUGCGGGAUCAGCAGCGCUCCGUCGACUAUUUAGAUUUUUGGCUUGAUGUCUCCCAGCAUAUGUCCCUGUGCCGUCAUUAUGUCCGAGAACUACGCCGUUCCGUCUUGAUCGCGACCCCCGAUCUCGAGAAAACUAGCAGCAGCACUAGACGCUCGUCAGGAGUCCUGGAGAAUGUGGAAGGAAUCGGCGAUAUUCCGCUGGCAGAGGCCGGUCCCUCUGGUUUUCGUGGGUCAGAGGAAAAGGACGCUGAUAAAAGACUGUCCGCAUUUCUACGACAGGAUGGAGGACAGGGCACAGAACACACGCCCCCUAGUAGUCGAGGGUCUGAUUCCGGCAUUGGCCGUACAUCGCCUUUCGACCAACCUCCUCGUCCAAGCUUUGCAAGAUCUGACGCGCGGAAUGGGUCGUCCAGUUCUCCUGGUCACACUGUCGCCCGCGCCGAUAUUCGCGCCAGUGCGGAGAAAAUCCUGUAUACCUACCUCCUUCCUGGUUCAGAGAGAGAGAUAGUCUUGCCACAUGAUAUGGUGUCGUCUAUCAUCACUAUGGUCGAAGAAGAAGCCAGAGACGAUCCAGAAGUGUUCGAUCCGGCCAAGGACUAUGUUUUCCAGGCAAUGGAGCGGGAUGCUUUCCCGGGGUUUUUGCAGGCGAAAGCCCUUGGGAAUCUCGUUCCUCUGAGUGUUCUCGCACGUUUGGCGGUCGCUCUUAUGGCUUUCGGUGGAGGAUUCUGGGGCGCUUGGUAUGUUGUCCUCAGGGAUAAACCGAGGCAUAUUCGCUGCUGGUUGAUUCUACCAUUUGUCAUCGCUGCCUAUUUUAUUUCCUCGUAUCAAUACAACAUCGAUCCAAUCAUGGCUUAUCUGGGUUUCAGCGAAUACACGUUCCUAAACUGGGCACGUAUCCGUGAACCGUAUGUUCGAACUCUCCUUAACAAACGGGCAACGGCAACUAUCCUGAUAGCGGCCUUUGUUGCUGCGUCUCUCAGCGUGCUAUUCAUCUUCGUCCCCGGUACAAUGUUGUGAACGCCGCCCCAAUGUUUUCCGAUUUCUUCAGCGUCAUGCAGCAUGCUUUUGCGAUAUCAUUCUAGUAAUAUUUUAAUGUGCUCAUCUUGUCCUCCGAGGUACUGAGAUCUCCCCACGACGGCUUCUAUCCGGCAAUGAAUCCAGAAAAGUUCUUGUUUCAAAGCAAUGUUGCAUAUACCCGUCGGCUUGAUUCACAGUGAACUCCCUCUCAAAGAACCGUUGUAUUUUUGUCCAUGUGCAUGGCUGCAUUCGCCCCUUUGCUCAAAACUCGAAAGAACUAAUUAAUAAUUUUGCGUGCAAUUGUUAGCGAAUCCUGUUACCUGGUCUGUGGCUCUUUUGCUCUUUCAUCCUUGUAUCUUUCGGAUGUUUUGUCUCUUGGUCUUUACAAUACCCCCUUUUUGUGUGUAUAUGUGACAUGAUUUUCUGUUCUUACCCGUUGUCCUCGGUGUGGUUAAGGGGAUGCUUAAGCUAGGCUGUUCAUACAUCACUAGCCAUAGCAAUGUCAUAUCUUUCUUUUUCAUGUCUCAAAGUAAUCAU